CGGAAUGGAAGCACAGUCAAGUACAGUACUUGAAAUGACAAGAUGGGAUGAUCACCCUCAGAUCUCAGAUUCCUCUUUAGUGAAAUCAACAGAAAUUCUUAACCUAGUGUGUAUGUGUACUUGUUAUUCUUUUAUAUUUGCAUAAUGUACACAGUAAUACAGAUUCUUAAUUAAUAUAAAAAAUAUAUAUUUUAUUAAUAAUAUUAAAUAGUAAUAUGGCCCAAGCGUAUGAUAAUUACUACAACGAUUAUCAUAAAAACGCUGAGCUGCAACAAAAUUUAAAGUAUAAGAAAAAGUACCGAAAACUUAAGAGGAUCGUGAAGAAUACCGUAUUUGAAAACGCAGCAUUAUGUGAUCAAGUUGCACACAUGCAAGAGAAUUUGAUGUUGGUUAAAGAGGAAAGACUAUUUCUUCUACGCAAAUUAUGCCAACAACAGGGGGAGGUAGAAUCUAAUUCGACAAGUCUAGCUCGUUCACAAACAAGUAAUACAAAUUCACCAUCACUUAAUCCAGAAUGUACUACACCAAAAAAAACAGUAAAGAAGAGAACUUCUACAGAUGGCUCAGAAUCAAAAAACAAGACAAAAAGAUAUAACAAAACUGCUAGGAGGGUGGUGCAAUUGAUUCCACUGGAUGUACAUGGAAGACCAAUAUUCCCCAUAACUUUGGGUGAUCUUACAAUAUAUUCUCUUGGUGAAGUAGUAUCAGACAGAAUUGCAUAUCAUACAGAAGAGCUUAUAUUUCCAGUAGGUUAUUGCAGUACAAGAGUAUAUGCAAAUUUAAGAGAUCCAAGAACAAAAAGUUUAUAUACUUGCAAGAUAUUAGAUGGAGGUCCAAGACCCAGAUUUGAAAUAGUAUCCGAUAACGACUUAGAUCAACCAUUAGUUGGGUUGAGUCCUGACGAAUGUCACUCAAAAUUAUUGACGGCAAUUUCUCCAAUACUUUGCACAAUUGAUCCAAAAGGCGCAGAUUUCUUUGGAAUUUCUCAUCCUACAAUACAAAAUCUAAUACAAAGUUCUCCAGGAACGCGUAAAUUGGCAUUAUAUAAACAACAACGUUUUGAGGUAAGCAAAAAUCAUGUAAUUGAUCGAGCUACAAGUCCAGUGACAGAAACGGAAACUGAUCCAGGAUUAGGUUUUGCAGCAUUACAUAGACAUUAUGCUUUGAAUUCGUAUAGAGUAAAAGAAGAACCUUCGGAUCAUGACCUAUUAGCACUUCAAGACCUACUAUCAUAAUUACUACAUUAGAAAAUAAAUAAUACAGUUUAUAUUAUAAAUAAAAAGUAAAUAAAAUAUCGUAUACCAUAAAAAGACAA